CAGCCUCAGCAGUGGCGUCGGCGACGGCGGUGUCGAGGCAGCCGCCAGCGCUCGGCCGAGUGUCAGCCGGCAGCGACGGCGCUAGAGCUGGGAGCUGGGGACGCGCGCGCCGGACCUUCCACAGCCUCCGCCCAGAGCCUGAGGCGCCUGGGCCGGGGGAGCUGGGGGGCGGGCGGGCGAGCGGGCCGGGGGGAGGGUGGGGGAUGGCGCGGACCCUGCGGCCGUCCCCGCUGUGUCCUGCAGGCGGCAAAGCACAACUUUCCUCCGCUUCUCUCCUCGGAGCCGGGCUCCUGCUGCAGCCCCCGACGCCACCUCCGCUGCUGCUGCUGCUGUUCCCGCUGCUGCUCUUCUCCAGGCUCUGUGGUGCCUUAGCUGGACCAAUUAUUGUGGAGCCACAUGUCACAGCUGUAUGGGGAAAGAAUGUUUCAUUAAAGUGUUUAAUUGAAGUAAAUGAAACCAUAACGCAAAUUUCAUGGGAGAAGAUACAUGGCAAAAGUUCACAGACUGUUGCAGUUCACCAUCCCCAAUAUGGAUUCUCUGUUCAAGGAGAAUAUCAGGGAAGAGUCUUGUUUAAAAAUUACUCACUUAAUGAUGCAACAAUUACUCUGCAUAACAUAGGAUUCUCUGAUUCUGGAAAAUACAUCUGCAAAGCUGUUACAUUCCCGCUUGGAAAUGCCCAGUCCUCUACAACUGUAACUGUGUUAGUUGAACCCACUGUGAGCCUGAUAAAAGGGCCAGAUUCUUUAAUUGAUGGAGGAAAUGAAACAGUAGCAGCCAUUUGCAUCGCAGCCACUGGAAAACCCGUUGCACGUAUUGACUGGGAAGGUGAUCUUGGUGAAAUGGAAUCCACUACAACUUCUUUUCCAAAUGAAACGGAAACAAUUAUCAGCCAGUACAAGCUAUUUCCAACCAGAUUUGCUAGAGGAAGGCGAAUUACUUGUGUUGUAAAACAUCCAGCCUUGGAAAAGGACAUCCGAUACUCUUUCAUAUUAGACAUACAGUAUGCUCCUGAAGUUUCGGUAACAGGAUAUGAUGGAAAUUGGUUUGUAGGAAGAAAAGGUGUUAAUCUCAAAUGUAAUGCUGAUGCAAAUCCACCACCCUUCAAAUCUGUGUGGAGCAGGUUGGAUGGACAAUGGCCUGAAGGUUUAUUGGCUUCAGACAAUACUCUUCAUUUUGUCCAUCCAUUGACUUUCAAUUAUUCUGGUGUUUAUAUCUGUAAAGUGACCAAUUCCCUUGGUCAAAGAAGUGACCAAAAAGUCAUCUACAUAUCAGAUGUUCCAUUUAAGCAGACCUCUUCCAUAGCUGUAGCUGGAGCGGUAAUUGGAGCUGUUCUUGCCCUUUUCAUCAUUGCUAUCUUUGUGACUGUGCUGCUGACUCCUCGAAAAAAAAGACCAUCCUAUCUUGACAAAGUGAUUGACCUUCCACCCACACAUAAACCACCUCCUGUGUAUGAAGAACGAUCCCCACCUUUGCCUCAGAAAGACCUAUUUCAGCCUGAACACUUGCCUUUACAGACUCAGUUCAAAGAAAGAGAAGUUGGCAAUCUUCAGCACUCUAAUGGACUAAAUAGCAGGAGUUUUGACUAUGAAGAUGAGAAUCCAGUUGGGGAAGAUGGCAUUCAGCAGAUGUACCCCCUUUACAAUCAGAUGUGCUACCAAGACCGGAGCCCUGGCAAACAUCAUCAAAAUAACGACCCUAAGAGAGUCUACAUCGACCCACGAGAACAUUAUGUGUGACUUUUCUCUUUUUCCAAUGGACGUUCUAACAAAUGUUUAUUCUUACAUUGGGGAGAGAAACUAAGGCCAAUAGUUAUUUUACUGUCUCUCAUAUAAGAACAGUCCCACUCUAAGGGUAUUGGAAGUCUUAAUGAAUGACGUAAAGCCAAUAGCAAAUUUCUUUUCUUCAUUAAGGGUUUCUUAACCACCAGCUGUGUUUGUGAACUUGACUAUAGCUUUGUGUGUUUCUGUGACGAUGGUGUUUAACUGCUAACAUUUGGCCUACAAUGGCAUUUUCAUUUAACAGUACGGCAUCUGCCUGUGAUAACUGCAGUGAUUCUCCAGAAAGAAAGGCCCCAGCUGGUACUAUUAACCUCAUUGGGUCUCAGGCAUGCUAGUCUGUUCAUCUGUAAUUCACACGGGCAUAAAAAUGAGUUCAGAAUCUAUUUCACUAAUUAUUUAGCUGGGAUUUGGAUUUCCCUGACAUGCUUAAUACAAUUACAAUACCUGUGUACAAACAGAGGCCUGAGGAAAGAGGCAAAAUUUGCUCUUCAUCCAAACAGCAACAAAAGGCAGUUGAAACCUUCAAGCCUGUUGGUUGCUUUUAAACCUUCGUGUUAUUAUGAUGUAUAUUCCUUGUUGAACACUGAGGUCCUGAGGGAUACAUAUCUCUUGCUGUUUUCUGCCUACUUUUGACUAGCUGUAUGUAACAAAGGCUCUUCUUUUGCUCUGUCACUGUACCUACAGUCCUGUUCUUUACUAGCUAGAUUAGCCUAUUUUGCACCUAUUAAAUUCUAAAAACCUUGUUUAAAUGGUGUACAGCCUUUAACCUUGUUCCUCUUUUCUCUAAUAUUGUACAUGACAGGCUCAGCUUUCACUUCUGAGAUUUCUUUCAAACUAAUCCCAGCCAUACAGUCUUCACCUCCCCUUCUGCAUUCUUCAGACUACUUAUCAUCCAUGUUUUAUCUACCUCAGAAAAGCCUGCUGGCAAGUCACCAUGAAAUAAUUUCUGCUCUUAAAAGCUAGGUGAAAAUUUAGAAAACUUAAAAGGCACUUCAAUAUGGCAUGUAUGUUAAACUGACAUGUUUUUUAUCCCUUCUCCCCUACUUUACCUGGUCACCAAGAGUCAAGAGAUGCUAAAAAGUAAAUAAUAUAAUGAUUUAUCUACUAGGGUAUCCCGCAACACUUUAGUGUCUGUAAAUGUGUCUUGAGUUUUCUCAUCUCCCUUUGCCAGCUUCCCAUUCCUGAGAUUGACAGUAGUAAUUACAGUGAGGUAAUUACAGAGCAGAGGUGGAGGGAAUGUAGUUUCACAUGAAUGUCCAUCGCUUCUCUCACGUCUUAAGGAAAGCAUCUCACUUUGUAUUCUGGAAGGUUAGAGGUGUGUCAGAGGUAUAGAAAAUACUACAGAGUGUUUAGGAAAGAGUGACAUAAGCAAUAAAAUACAUAAAUUAUAUUUCCAGCCUAACUUCAAGGGUAGAGGAGAAUGUUAGCAUAGAUUUCUAAUGAGAUGCCAAAGAUACGUUAUAAUUUAUGUCGUGCUGGCUCUAGUUCUUCUUUGUGUGUUUGUUUCUUCUUUCUAGUUGCCAUGCUUUAUCAAAUUAUCUAGGUAGUUCUACAGCAGAAAUAUAUUCUCCCCCAUUUACACGAGUGACCAGCAACUCUGGGAGACAGGAUGCUUAGAUUUCAACUCAAUGCUUUAGCUAGGUAAUUAGCAGUUUUAAAGUCUGUAGCUGUAAGGAUCAAAGGGUGAAUUUCGAGGACGCCCAUUGCUACUGUGCUACCUCAGAGUAGGAGAGUACUGCCCUUUGUAGCAAAGAAAAUAUCCAACUUUAUUAUUUGGAAGGCCAACACUGAGUUAGUAUAACUGAAGGUGUAGGAAUCCUGGCAUUUGUUUUCCAAUAGGAGGAUGGCUGUGAUCAGAGCUCUGCUUGACAGGGAAGUGUUUCAUAAACACUAGAUGUUAUGGAGGCAAUAAGGGAGUACAUCAGCUCCUUUAGAAAGCUUUAAAAAUGUCAAUGUCUUACAUGUUGGGGAUGGUUUCCAGGGUCCUGCUGGGAAGCAAAUUGUUGAACUAGUUCACAAAAGCAUACUAUAGACCUAGGGGAGUAGCUGUCUUCAUUUGCACCAGAGAAAGGGAUCUGGGAAUGCUGGUUCUCAGGAGCCCUGUGGCCUGUCUUCAGCACCCUCCAUACCUUGAGGAACCCACUGUCUACCUUUUAAAAUUCUCAGUGUAGUUAUGGAAAAGAAAUUUCAGGAUGUAGUCUCACCUCUCCUGCAGCUAGUGAGUUCAAUAUCUUCUUUGCCUUUGUGUCAGCUAUGAUACUUCUUUAACAAACUGAUAGAUGUUAUGGCUCUUGGCCCUUUACACAGGUCAUAUAAGCUCUAUAAUAGCUUAUCCUGGUGCCUUCCAUCUGUUCUCUCUAAAAACUGGGCUAAAUAGUAAGCAGCUUUAAAAGGGUUUGAUAACCAGCCCUCUCUACCAAAAAUUGCCAUCCAAAAGUAGCCUGUUGAUCUCUAAAUUUGGAGCCUAGACUACUUGAUGAUGCCAUUUAAAUUUGGAAGUUAGGUUCUUAAAGGUCAGCGACUGAGGUUUAGGGAAUAAUCCAUAGCUGAUAUUAGAUACUCUUUCCAUAACUUGUUUAGUAAAACACUCUGAAACAGAAAUAAAUCCCCAGAGCGCUUAUCUACUUAUGGUUGCAGCUCUGCAUUUCUGGGUGGGGUGUGCAUGCUUACCUUAAACGCACAGCCUUUAUUGCCUAUUUUGUAGGCAGCCCAAGCUCCAGGAGUAUGCAUUGUUGCUACAGUAGCAGAUCACUGUGUUCUUUGCACACCACGUGCAAUGGUAUAGGAAGUCCAUGCUCUUUGGGGCAUGUAAUAUAAAAUUCUUACCUGGGCUAGGCUUCUGUGUAACGUGUAAAUAAUAGAUACUUAAGAAAUGUGCUGAAAACUACAAUGAACUGGUUUCCCCAUUACUUUCCUAUGGGCUUGUUUACUUAAAGGGACAAGAUAGUUUCUUCAUCCUGCUAUUGCAAAUGAUUUCCUAAGACCUCUUUCACAGUAGUCUAAAAUUCACUAUUCGGUUUUCCAUUUUUCACUCUUUUCCUGCACUAUGCUGGUUUUCCGGUGCUAUUCUUUAUAUACGGUAGAGCCUUCCUUUAAGCCUCAUUCCCUGGAGUUUGGAAGACAGACCAUUUACCAAGAAUCAAAACAGGUACUCCCAGCUUCACCUCUUUCUAGCCAUUCAAACAGGCAAGUCACUUAACCUGUCCGGGGUAUCAUUUGCAACCUCUCAGAAUUGUGGUGAGAGUUAAAGAAGAUGAUAAUGGAUGGGAAAUUGGAGAAUUGUAAUUUUCCUUCAAACUGACAAAUGCCUGUGACUCUGUUAUUGUUGCAUAUUGAACCUAAACGUCCAGGGCCCUUGCCAGCAUUUAGAGUACUGUAGUUUCCCUAGGGAUUACCAAGUGGCAAAAUGAAAAAUUCAGUUUGAUCGAAUUCAUGUAUAGCCAAGUGCAAGUUAGAGAAGUUCCUUUUACUAUAACAAAUAAUUGUCAUGUGAAAAGCUUUUUGUCUGAAUCUUAGCUGCUUAGGCUUUAGCUAGAAUUGAAAAUGCAUGUUACUAUUACCAGUAUUUGCUCUUAUUUUAAAAAUUUCUACUAAUAACAAGUAACAUCAUUGAGUACGUAGUAUGGAUUGGGUUCUAGGGCAAGUACCUUACAUGAAUCAUCUCAAAGAAUAGAACCAGACUCCUGUUUUGCCCUCUUCCCAGGAGCUCCUGUGGGACGGACAGGCUCAUACUCCCCUGCUGUACAAUCAUAGGGCAUGCUGAGUAUCAGUUGGCUGUUACUUCUUUCAAAUCUAUUUUUGGGAGUGGGGAAUAUAGUUUUUAAAUUAUUUUUAAAGCAGAGAUAUAAGACAGUAUAUGGAAUAAAACCAUGAGAAAUGUUUAUUAAGACAAAAGCAAGUACAUAUGCUCAUUGUUUUUACUUUACUAUGGGUAAGCCAAAUGCUCAGACUCUCAUAUUCAUUAGAUUACCCAUAGCUGUAAAAACAACCAACCAAAUAAUUAUAACCACUCCAUCUCAGUUGGGUCAAUUUUAGUGGGCACAAACUUCUCUCUAACAUCUCUCCCUCAAUUUAGUGCUCGAUAUGCUCAUUGCUAUGUUUGUUUCACCUUUAUUGAACUCCCAGGAGUGGUGACACUCCUAUACUGGACAACUGGAAAGAAUCCAAAAAGACAGAAGAAUAGAAAAGCGUCAAAUAGAAACAUCACAGUCCCCACCCGUGGCUCAGCUCUGUGGUUCUCUUCUUCCUGUGUUUGGCUGACAAGGACCUUCCUUCAUUCCGAAGUCAUUUGCAGACCUUAUAGCAGGACCAGGGACUUUCAUCCCCGUUAAACUAGAAGCUGCUAUUUGCAAGCUUAUUUCAACUGUAGACUAUGACUGGAUUAAUGUUGUUAUAUCUAUAAAAGUACUGGGUUUCCUCCGCUAGAGAAAAUUAUAACCUGGCCUUUGCCAGUUUGGGCAUUCACAAUUAUUAGGUUGUUUUGGUAGCCUUCAGUAGAUGGAAAUGUGUGAGGGCUAUAGGGCUCCCAACCUCACCAGGUGGUACUUUACACUGAAAUCAGGUCUUAGACCAAGUGCUGCGUCAUGUGUGUUUAUGAGCAAGCAGGCACCAGAACAGUCAUGCAACCUGUCCUGUAAGCUUGAAAAAGUCCCAAUUCUGUCCUUCUGUGCAACCCAACAUUAUCCUACCUAGAAGAGUUAUUAGAAGUGAAUCCAGCAAUAUUCUAGCAGAUUCAGUCAGCCGAGUCAAUUCUUAGUUUCACUUCUAAAAGAAUAAGUUAGAAAUCCCAAACUGCUGGGCUUGUCAGAUUCUUAUACACUGCUCGUGGAAGGUCUAGGGUGCCCUACAAUAUUUGGGCCAAUCCACAUAUCUUUAACACCAUUAAUAUGAAUCAUUGGAAAUAUUUACGUAUUAACAAAGUCUCUUGUGUUAAGCUACAGAUAAAGCUUUUGUGGUAGUGUCUGAAGUGACUAGAAUUUUUUUCAAAUGCUAAUAGCCCUGAAGUUGUAUUCCCAAUUAGGAUAUGUCACACGUUAAGCAGGCACCCCCAGAGUAACUAUUAUGACUGAUUAACAUAUGCCAAAAUAAUUUUUUAAAAUUAUAUCAAGUAUAACAGAACUUGUUAAAGAUUUCACAGGUUAUUAUACCCUCACACUAGGGUGGGGUGGAGCUCUUUACCACUCUAAACUCAACAACCUGCUGCGUAGAGGUGAACUGGCAUUUAUCCUUAGUGACAGAUAGCCUGUUCAUUCUUAGGUGUGUGUGUGUAAGAGAGAAAGAAAUGUCUACUUAAAAUUUGCAGCUCAAAAAAACAUUUUGCAGUUCACGUGUACAAGAGAAUCCCACUCCUGCAAACUUCUCUCAAUACUUGAAACAUUAGGUUACUUCUAUGUUUUUUUCUAUUUUUGAGUUUUUCUUCUCUACUCAAGUUUUAAUUUGACUGUAGAAGUUUGAAGCAGAGUAGACUAAAGAUAAAAGGGAACAUAAACAAUUCAGAAGAACAUAAAAAAUUUUGUCAUAUGUUUUCAAUUGGGGCAAUGACAUAUAAGUUCCCUCUGGGUCUCAAGGAGAGAGGAACUACCAUUGACAAAAACAUUCUCCAUUCCGUUAGUUAUGAAUAAAUCCAUCCCAUUAAUCCUUCCGCUGGAAUAUUCUAGUCAGUGUUUGGGGGCUGAGGUUAUGAUAUAUAUCAAACAACAUGCCUCCCUACGUCAAAAAGUACUAGUUACAUUCUGUAUCUUAAAGUUGUGAGGUUUAGGAUUAACUUCCGUAAUUUCAGAGGAAUAGACGUUUUGAAUAUUAUUACCAUAUAUAUUUACUGAAAACAACAUUUUCAUGAGUUGAAAAUGGGCAGGGUACUGUCCUCUAAAAGCUCCCAUUCUGUAUCUGUGUUUACAGCUGCCACUAGCACAUGAUUUAUAGAAGAGGCAUAUCGGCUGGACCCAAGGAGAUAUACUCAUGGACUUAAGAUGAUUAGGUUAUAAAUGCCAUCCCACACAAUCUUUAAUAAACAAAACCCAGGUGAGCUGUAUCAUUCUUUUGCUGCAUCAAAAGAUGGGAAACCAAACAGUUGUCCUCUUGUGGUUUUUCCCAGCAAUACAAUUUAUAAAGUUCCUAUAAUCAGGUGCCCUAUGACCCAGCAGGAUCCUUAGUACCAUGACCUAAAUUGGUUGUAUUUAUUAUCAUGGUAUGGAAUUUGACUGUGAAUUUGAUUAGAGACCUUGAGGGAAAGCCUCCCUGGAGAUCCAGAAUAUCAGAUUUGCUAUGCUGGCUUAGAACUGUGGCCUAUCCUACUACAGAUGUGUCUGUCAGCCAUGAAGAGAUGUUUAUGUGUCUCUUCCAGAAGUUAAUUUCCCCUAAUAACUCACAGUGGAUCUAUGAAUACCAGAGUUGUACGUGAUUUUCCAAGUGAAUGGGCGCCAUUGUUUUGGUUUUAAAUACCCUUUCCAGUAAUGACUGGUAUUUUUUAAAAACCUAUCCUAGCAUGUUGAUCAGGCUAAAUUAAGUUCCUCUUUCAAGCCUUAUUGAUGGCUCAGUGCCCAUUAUAUUUUAACUAGAGGUAACAGCAGUUUGUCCUAAAUGUGUUAGGUUGCACUUGUCCAGGUUGUAGCUCUUUUAUGCCUCUGCUUUUUCCCACAUGGUCUUAUGAGAACAUAUUGCAUAUAUUCCCUUCAGCUGAGCAUUUCAAUACCCAGACAAGUGUUUGUCAUUUUAGGCCUCAUUGCAUACUUGAAAUUCCAAGUCCUUUUUAAAAGAAAUCUUAAGUAGCUGGUGUUGCUGCUAGAUCCCUGGAUUAUUCCACUUGUCAUCCAUAAAAGUUCCUGUUUAUUCUCUACCUUCUGUUUCUAUUUCUAAGCCAAUGCUUUAAGACAUAACAUCUGCUCCAGCCUGUUCACUAUCCAUGUGGUUUUAAACUCUUCUUUGCUUCUUAGCUUCAUCCCUGUAAGUGCUCUCUACCUCACAGGAGUUUUAUGAGGAGGAAAAAAUAAGAUGUUUAAGGGUUGUUUUAAGAGAGAGAUCCUUCUUUUAAAGUGAUUUUAUCAAAGCCCUUUGGGUUAGAAAUGAGAAACUCUAUAGCUAUUUUUUUUUCCUAUUCUCGUUUUGCUAUUUUUAUUUCUGAAAAGUGAUCUGUCUGAAAAGAGCCUUAUAUCUGGUUUUAACUUCUCCUCAUUGACCCUUUUCACAGUGAAAUCUCUACCUUAUCCAUGCUCUGAACUUUUUAUUUAUGGAGCCCAAAUUAAUUUUCCCACAACAAAUCCCACAUACUUUUACUCCUAUCAUUAAACAAAUUAAUGUCCUCCACAAAGAAACAUCUGGCUCUUCCUACAAGAAGUCAGAAGCUAAUGAAGUCUCACUCUGGCCCUGGCAAUAUCUCACAGUGUGCCUUGGUUCUCCCGGUGUAAACUGAGGUAAUCUGGCUAUUCCCCAGCGCCCAGGUGUUGUGAGUCCUAAUAAAUGGUGAAAAGCAUUUUGCAAGUGUUCUGUACUAUAUAAAUGCAUAGUGCCUAAUAUGGAGAGUCUUCAAGCAAAAAUGUGCUCUAGCUCAAUUUAGAAUACUAAUUCACCCAUUGUUUUCAAAAGAAAUGUUUUACUAACCUGUUUUUUUUUCUUUUGUAAAAUUAGUUUCUAGUCAUUUGAACUGUUUUUAUUUUGGUGUAUAGAAGUGAUCAAUAGUAUAUAUUCUUGCUUGUCAGAGAAUACCCAAGUUGUAUUGUUAAAUGUUAAAACAAUGGGGUUACAUAACAGUAUAGUUGGAUAGGGAGGAAGAUUCUAGCUCAAAAGUUGCAAAAUACAGAAAUACAAAGAUUAGCUUUGAAUUGGAGAUUGUACUAUAAAUAGUAGAUGUUAAUGUGGUGGUUUCUAGAUAUAUACUUUAUUUUUAAGUUACAAGAAAUUGUCUUUUAUUUUUGCAGCUUUGAACUAUAUGAUUCUCUACAUGUUUUAAAUAAAGUUUUUAUCAACUAA